GGUUAGAGUGCUGGAGCCUGGCCCUUGGUGUGAUUGGAGGAAAGGGCUUAACCAUACUGUCGGAUUCAGGGAUUGGGCUGAGUGCUGCUGAUGGGACUAGGAAGACCCAUCCGGAAUGGGCUGGCUGGAAGCCUGAAAUCUUUGGUCUCAGACUGCUCUGUCUUCCCCGCAGCUCGAGUCACUGGGCCUUCCCUUGGAGCUCAGGUCGCUCUGCCUUCUGGAAGCCUGCUCUGUGCCUGCAAGUCCCAGGGGAAAACGCAAACUGGCCUAACCAUGUGGCAGGGGAAGGAAAGAACUCCAGGGGACAGUGGCCCUUUCACAAAGGCUGUCUUUGAUAGCCCUAAGGUGUUAAUCACGUUCAAGGAUGUGGCUGUGGACUUCACCCAGGAGGAGUGGGGCCUCUUGGAUCAUCCUCAGAAAGAGUUGUACAAGGAGGUCAUGCUGGCAAAUGCCCUGAACCUGCUCUCUGUGGGGCUUCCAGUUCCCAGAGAAGAUGUGAUCUCUUAUUUUAAGCAAAGGGAAGCACCAUGGAUGCUGGAGCAAGAAGUUCUGAGGAGCUGCUGUCCAGAAGGAGAGAUCAGACUUGCAAUGAAGGAAAGUAGUGCAGAGCUAAGCCUUUCUCUGGAAGAAACUCACAAGCAAAGUUUUAUGAGUGACAGUCCCUGUGACUUCACUUGGAGAGAAAUCUAUGCUGCACAUCAGAGAAUCCUCACUGGAGAGAAAAUGUAUGACUGCAAUCAAGAUGAAAAGGCUUCCAUAUUCAGCUUCUAUCUUGCUGCUCAUCAGGGAAUUCAUACAGGAGAGAAAGUUUAUGAAUGUAAUCAGUGUGGAAAGACUGUCAUAUAUAAGAACAAUGUUGCUGAACAUUAUAGGAUCCAUGCUGGAGGAAAACCUUAUGAAUGUAAUCAUUGUGGAAAGGCUUUUAGACAAAGGUCUAACCUUUAUGUGCAUCAGAUAAUCCACACUGGAGAGAAACCUUAUGAAUGUAAUCAAUGUGGAAAGACUUUUACACAGAGGUAUAACCUUAAUGUGCAUCAGAGAAUCCACACGGGAGAGAAACUUUUUGAAUGUACUCAGUGUGGAAAGUCGUUUACAAAGAAGUCUGAAUUUAAUGUGCAUCAGAGGAUCCACACUGGGGAGAAACCUUAUGAAUGUAAUCAAUGUGGAAAGGCUUUUAGACAGAGGUCUAAACUUAAUAUGCAUCAGAGAAUCCAUACUGGAGAGAAACUGUAUGACUGUAAUCAAUGUGGAAAGACUUUUACACAGAGGUCUGAUCUUAAUAUCCAUCAGAGAUUCCAUACUGGCGAGAAACCUUAUGAAUGCAAUCAGUGUGGAAAGACUUUUACUCAAAGGUCUAACCUUAAUAUGCAUCAGCCAAUUCACACAGGAGAGAAACCAUAUGGAUGUAAUCAAUGUGGAAAGGCUUUUACACAGAGAUACAUUCUUGCUCAACAUCAGAGAAUACACACGGGAGAAAAACCUUAUGAAUGCAAUCAUUGUGGAAAGGCUUAUAGACAGAAGUAUAACCUUACUGUGCAUCAGAGAAUCCACACUGGAGAGAACCUGUAUGAAUGUACUCAAUGUGGAAAGACUUUUACAAAGAAGUUUGAAUUUAAUGUGCAUCAGAGAAUCCACACUGGAGAGAAACCAUAUGAAUGUACUGAGUGUGGAAAGACUUUUACAAAGAAGUCUGACUUUAAUGUGCAUCAGAGAAUCCACACUGGAGAGAAACCAUAUGAAUGUAAUCAAUGUGGAAAGGCUUUUACAAGGAAGUCUAAACUUAAUAUGCAUCGGAGAAUCCACACUGGAGAGAAACCUUAUGAAUGUAAUCAAUGUGGAAAGACAUUUACACAGAGGUAUAACCUUAAUGUGCAUCAGAGAAUCCACACUGGAGAGAAACUACAUGAAUGUCCUCAAUGUGGAAAGGCUUUUACGAAGAAGUCUGACUUUAAUGUGCAUCAGAGAAUCCAUACUGGAGAGAAACCUUAUGAAUGUAAUCAAUGUGGAAAGGCUUUUAGACAGAGGUCUAAACUUAAUAUGCAUCAGAGAAUCCAUACUGGAGAGAAACUAUGACUAUAAUAAAUGUGGAAAAUCUUUUCCACAGAGGUCUGAUCUUAAUCUUAAUCAGGGAUUCCACACUGGUGAGAAACCUUAUGAAUGUAAUCAAAGUGGAAAGACUUUUACUCAAAGGUCUAAC